AUGGAAAUUCGGGAUUCUAUUGAAGAAAGUCAGGGAUACCUAUCUGAUCCUUAUAUUGCACUUUUAACUGGUACUAAUCAACAACCAGAGCCAAAUAAAAAAAUUCAAAAAAUUUUUUUGAUUACAUUAUUAACUAUUGUUUUAAUAUUAGUUAUUUCAAUAUAUUGGGCAGUAUUCAAUUCUAAUAAACAUGACAUAGAUGAUAGUGAUGCAGAUAAUUCUAUAUAUCCAAGUGAACAAGAGUUCAAGAACCAAUUUGAAGAUUUUAAACAAAAAUAUAAAAAAGAAUAUUCAAAUUUAACGGAGGAAAAAUAUCGUUAUUCAAUAUUUAGAAAGAAUAUGAACUUUAUAAAGAUGAGUAAUAAUCAAGGAUUUAGUUAUGUACUAGAAAUGAAUGAAUAUGGUGAUUUAACCCAUGAAGAAUUUAUGCACAAUUUUAUGGGUUACCAUCCACAACAUAAAAAUAAGAGGUUCUCAGAUAGUCAUAAUAUUUUAUCUAGUAAUAAAGUGGAGAAUACUUCACCUCCUCGUUUUGUAAAUUGGGUAGAUGCAGGAUGUGUUAAUCCAGUAAGAGAUCAGCGAUAUUGUGGAUCAUGUUGGGCUUUUUCAGUUGUUACAUCUCUUGAGAGUGCUGUCUGUGCUCAAAAGAAUGAGAAACUAGUUAAAUUAAGUGAACAGCAGUUUGUUGACUGUACUCGCAAUAAUGGAAAUUUUGGAUGUGAUGGGGGAAGUUUAGAUUUAGCAUUUCAAUAUGUUAUGGAACAUCAGUAUCUUUGCACAGAAGAAGAAUAUCCAUAUAUUGCUAAUGAAAAAAGUUGUAAAUUUAGCAACUGUAAAAAUCCCAUAAGGUAUAUAUUAGAUUCAUAUCGCAAUGUAGUACCAAAUAAUAUAAAUGCUCUAAAAGUAGCAGUUGCCAAAUAUGGGCCAAUUUCUGUAGCAAUUCAGGCAGAUCAGGCACCUUUCCAAUUUUAUAAAAAAGGUGUUUUUGAUGCACCAUGUGGUACAGAUGUUAAUCAUGCAGUUGUUUUAGUUGGAUAUGAUCUCGAUAUAUAUAGUGGGAAGGAGUAUUGGCUUGUAAGAAAUAGUUGGGGAGAAAAUUGGGGUGAAAAUGGUUAUAUUAAACUAGCUAUACAAGCUGGAAAGAAAGGGAAAGGGACAUGUGGAAUUCUAAUGGAACCUAUUUAUCCUGUCUUAAAGAAAUAG